AUGCAUGCGAAGUGCGUGAUCGAGGAUAAUGAUGAGGCUGGGAUUCGACCAAACAAGACAUUCCUUGCUUUGUCAAAUGAGGCUGGUGGCCCCUCUAACUUGGGAUUCUCAGAGAAGGAUUUAAGAAACUAUAUAACAGCAAGGCUCCGAAGUAGCAACGUUAAUGCGGAUGUCAGGGAGAUGAUGAGCUACUUUAGGAGAAUGAAGGACAUCAAUCCGAACUUCUUUUACGCGGUGAAGUUGGACGAUGAGUGUAAAUUUAAGAGUGCAGUAUGGGUUGAUGCAAGGUGUAGGGCGUCGUAUGAAUACUAUGGAGACGUCGUGUCAGUUGAUAGCACGUACAGUACAAAUAGGCAUGGAUUACCGUUUGUGUCGUUCGUUGGGGUCAACCACCAUGGUAGGUCGACCCUCCUCGGUUGUGCUUUGUUGGGGAAUGAAAAAAUCGGAAGUUAUGAGUGGGUUUUUCUCCAAUGGGUGAAGUGCAUGGGAACUGCUCCAAAGUGUAUCAUAACCGAUCAAUGUCGAUCCCUUUACCGUGCGAUCAAAAAUACUUUACCCGACACACGCCACCGGUGGUGCAUUUGGCAUAUUAUGAAUAAGCUACCUUCGAAGCUUGGGGGUUACCGCCGGUACGGAGCUUUGUAUGGUGACCUAAACGACAUUGUGUGGAACUCUCGGACGGAGGAGUCAUUUGAAGAUGAUUGGGCUGAUUUUAUAGAUGAGUACAACUUACAUAACAACACAUGGCUGUCAGUUCUGUAUGAUGACCGACGCAUGUGGGUCCCAAUAUACUUUAAGGGUGAAUUUUGGGCAGGAAUGCGGAGUACGCAGAGGAGUGAGAGCAUGCACGCAUUCUACGGUGGAUACUUACACAGUAAAACUAGCUUGGUCCAAUUUGUUCAUGAAUAUGACAAUGUGCUUGGAGUCAAGGAGCAGAGGGAACUGGAGGAUGAUGCUGCAGACUCGAGGGGGGUUAUCCCUUGUGCAACUACCUCGCCUAUAGAGAAACAGUUUCAGCAAGAGUAUACCACGAGCAUUUUUAGGGAUGUUCAAAUUGAGUUUGUGAGGAAGGCUAACUGCAGAGUUUCUGCAGUUGAUGAACAGGGUCCAGUGGUCUGCGUGAAGGUGGAAGAGGAGAAACUACUCAACGAUACUAUUCUAUGCGUUCCGUAUGAUGUUCACUUUGACCGUUCCACACAUGAGCUUCGUUGUGAAUGCAAUCUUUUUGAGAGUUCAGGUGUGUUAUGCUGUCACUGCCUUGAAGUUUUCCAUUCGUAUAAAGUGUACAAAGUACCGUCCUGUUAUAUUCUUCCUCGAUGGAGCAAGAAGAUAAAGCGCAAGCAUACGUAUGUCAAAAGUAGCCAUGAUGUCAGUCGGUCAGAUGAGAGUCAUGUUGCAUUUAGGGAACUGUGUGCACACUUCUAUAAUGUUGCUCAAGAGUUUCUCGGUGAUGAUGAAGAAACAGCAUUGCUGCAUGUUGCUUUGGAAGAAACAAGGGCCAAGUUGGCUACGCACCGUGCCAAAAAGAGGUCCGAGAGCAUGGCAGAGACUCAGACCAACAUUGGCUCUCAGAGUUCGAAUGAUGUCGGUGUUGAUGACAUCCAAGGCCCAUCGAAGGUCACCACAAAGGGCAGGCCAAAGAGUAAGAGGCUUGGCUCUGCCCUUGAGAAGUCCAUCAAGAAUUCAAGACGGAGAAAACAAAAGAAUUCACAUCCGGUGGUUCGUCCGCACACAUUUCAAGAUAUAAACCAUUGUGAUGUUUCUAGCCUGGAUGUUCCCAAACAAGACGGUGGUUUCAUGAUUCAUGUUAGUUUCAAGGUUCUAAGGCAGCUGUUGCAAAGUAUACAGUUUAAUAAAGUUGUUUCUGAUUUCUACACGCUUGACUAUAUAGUUUUUCGACUGGAUGUUCAUUUUAGUAAGUUAUUGGAUGUUCAGAUUAGCUAUAUUGGCGGAUGGAAAAAAAAUGUCAUGGAAUCAAGUCUUUCUAAUGUGAAAAAUAACAAAGCACUAAGCAUGUCAACAGUAAGUAAACUCAGUAUAACAAAGUAG